AUGAGCCAGCAUCAUAUACUACCUCAGCAUCAGCGGGCAGACCUUAAUAGGUCGAUUUGCGAUUACGUACAGCGGUGUGGGGCGGAGGAAUCGUUGGUGGUGGGUUUGCGCCAGCUGUUCGGGUUGAGUGCGGAGGAGUGCGACGCCACGCGCAACGGCCGCGAUCCAGACUUGCUCCUGAAAAAGUGGAACUCUAUUAUCCGGUUGCACCGCAAGAUCCUUGAUCUGGAGCAGAAAUGCCAGCAGCUCACCGAGGAGUUGGAGGCGGUACCAACUGAAGCUUACGGGAAGGCCGGCCGCGGGGUGAGCCACGUGCUGUGGACGCCGCGGUCGAAUCCAACCUUCCAAUUAGAUGUAGGCGCAUCGGUUACGGAUAUCAAGCUUCACCCUUCGUUGCCGAUCGCAUUUUUAGCGACGGACCAGGGCAAGGUGGUGGCGUACGAUCUCUUCAAUCGGUCAAUGCCUUUGCACUCGACGCAGGCACACAUGAAAGGUGUCACAUCGCUUGCUGUCAUGGAAGCGGAGAACGGAAGCCUUUUGAUAUCCACUACCUCUAAAGACUUACAGUGCAAGAUCUGGUCCUUCACUGACAAUGCAGCCUUCCAGUUACUUCGCACAUUGUCUUCGCACGAACAUAUCGUCUCUCAGUCAUGUUUUCUGCGUUCUGGAAGCGAUUUACUUUUAGCAACAUGCUCACGAGAUCUCACUGUUAAAGUAUGGGACACGAAGAGCGGUUGGUGCAUCAAAUCAUUCCAACCUCACAACCAGUGGGUCCGAACUUUGGAAUUGCACGGCGACUACGUAAUAACGGGCUCCAAUGAUGCCACUAUCCGUUUGUCCCAUUGGCCCAGUGGCAACGGCCUUUCCAUGGCCGUCAUGCAUGAAUUCCCUAUCGAGCGUGUAUUGAUCAUCCCCAUGCGUGCGAAUACAGCACAGAAGACGGAAGCGGAUGACGAUCAAGUCGAGCUCGAAUACAGAAAGUACGAUCCCGACUAUAGCCCACUAGGCUUCAAAUAUUGCAUAUCGUGCUCCAGGGAUAACCUUAUAGUUCUUUGGAAGAUCCCCCUUCCCAAAUUUAUUCCACAUAGGCCGCCACAGCCUAACCUUCUUCAGACGAACUUUGAGAAAGUACAUGUUUUCAAAGGUCAUACAUCAUGGGUCCGGGACAUAAAAGUGAGGGGCCGGCACUUAUUUUCAUGUAGUGAUGAUAGAUCAAUUCGAUGUUGGGAUCUCGUCACAGGACAAUGUUUAAAGGUUUGGCCUGAGGCAAGCCAUGGUUUCAUUAACUGUCUAUCGGUCGACAGUGAUGUUUCAAAUGACAAGUUGUUACGAGAGUUAUUCUUAUCGGGUAGUAUAGACGGGAAGUGUAAUGUAUUCAUGAGGUAG